GUUCUCAUACCUCUCUUCUCUGUCCCCGCAUCCUUCCCCCAUCCCUCCCCCAUCCCUCCCCCGUCCUCUCCCCGGAUCCCCCCGCCUCUCCACCGCAGAUACUCCCCCGAGCUCUGCAAGUCCUUUCAAAUCUCCUGGUCCUCUCCGCUCUCUUCGUGUUUCUUCCCCCUCUUUCCCCUGUGUCGAUCAUCCUUCUCUUACCCCUCCUUCUCCACCCGCCCUACUCUCCCUCCAACUCUCCUCUCUCCCCCUCUCGCCCCCUUCAGAAGAGUUCCCAGAGCAAUCGCUCACGAGCAACGUCAACCGACGGAGUCGUCACCCAAACCAACGCUUCAGCCUCGGGCUGCCCAACCAGCCCGUUCGCCUCGGCGGCGGCUCGGCGGCGAUUCUCAGCCUCGGACACGGAUAACCUGGUGCAGCGCGCCAAUAGCCGCGGCCGGGGGAGCAUCAGCGGGCGCAUGGGGGACGGCGGGGGCGCGGGGGGGAGUGGCAGAAGCGGGGGCGGCGGAAGCAGGCGGGGGUCGCGGGAGCUGUCACUGGCGGAAGAGGAUUUGCGCGCGCUAGAGGAGGGGAUAGAGGAGGGGGGCGGGGACUUAUCGGACGUGGUUCGCGGAGGGGCGACGGGGGAAACGAGUAGUGCGGGAACUGGCGGAAACUCGUCGCAGGAGAGUGUACCAUUAGGUGUAGAGCAUCCCUACAGCGAUAGAAACGCAUCCGGGCGUUAUAGCGCGGAUGACUUCGCGUCUUAUAACGGGGAAACCAGUGGCCGCUUCAGCGGGGAAAGUUCUAGGAGGUUUUCAGAUUCCACUCCCCCGUUGUCCUCCGCCCCAGGGGCGCGGCUUUCCCCCUCGGCGGAGACACGCGCGCUUGUAAAUAGACCGCGGGGGAGGAGCAUGAAGGAGCGGGAGCCCGCGCAUGUGGGGACCGCUGCGGAAGCAAGCGCGGAGCCAGGCAUGCGCGCGCAUGGCGGGGAGUGCGCAGACCUUGGGGAAGGAGCGGUGGAGGGGAGAGCGCCGGGAAGCAGCAGGGGUUACGCGGAACGGCGAGCAAGAGAGGGGCGCGCGCUGCAGAGGGGGCGCAGCGAGGGCGGGCGGAUGGGGGAACACUUCCACGUGAGGGAGGGCGCGGGCAUGGGGGAAGGCAGUAGGGAGGGCGCGGGCAUGUGGGCCGAGGGGGAAGCGGAAAGGGAGGCGGCGGAUAGGGAGGCGGCGGAAAGGGAAGCGGCGGAUAGGGAAGCGGUUGAGAGGGAGGUGGCGGAGAGGGAAGCGGCGGAGAGGGAGGGAGCGGAGAGGGAGGGGGCGGAGAGGGAGCGGAGCGGGCGGCAGCAGGAGCGGCGGUGGCGGCGGUCCGCCCGCCGCAUGCCCUCGUGGGACUGCGAGCGCCUCCCCGGAGUAGCCUUCCCGCGCCCCCCCCGGUCCUUCGAAUCCUCCCCCAUAUCCAUCAACUCCCGCACCCCCCACUCCCGCACCUCCUCCCUCACUCCCUCCCACUCCUCUUCCGUCUCCCCGUCCCGGUUCCCGUCCUCCUUCUCCCCCUCGUUCGGGCCCUCUCGCACGUCCUCUCGCACACGGUCGCACAGCAGCAGCAAUGCGACGGACCAGUCGCUCGGGCAGUCGCCGCUUUGGACGCCGAGGCGAGUGGUGGAAGAGGCGAGUCGCCUGCUGGGGGGGCAGCGGGGGGAGGGGAUAGGGCUAGGCGCAGGCAUGGGGAUGGGCAUGAGCGCGGGUACAGGUAUGGGAUAUUACGGGAAGCAGCAGCACGGGCAGUAUCAGAAGCAGCAGCAACAGCCGCAGCAGCUGCAGCGGCGGCGGCACCAGAAGCACCAGUCAGAGUCAUGUAUAGACCUCCAGAUAGGCCCAGGGGGAACCUAUUCUGAUCUUUCUCCCAAUAGAGAUGCUAGAGGGUACAGUCCGGGGGUUCCGUAUGCGCGGGACAGGAUGUGGUAUGGCGAGGAGCGCAAUAUGGGGUACAGCCCGCCUGGAAGGGCCUUGAGCCCGCCAGCAGCAGCUCAACAAUUCCAGCAGAAGCAGCCGUUUGAGGGGAGGUCGCGGGUUCAAUCCCCGGUGCCGUCAUUCCCAAGCCGGGUCAGUGAGGGGGAUGAGGACAAGAGCAGCAGCAGCGGCAAAACUCGUGCCAGUGCUGCUCGCACUGGCGUCGCUGGUGCCUCUUCUCCUCAUGCCUCUGCCUCUGGAAACAGCACCCGCAUUGCUGCUGCCGCUGUUGCUGCUGCUGCUGAAGCGCUUUCUGCAAAGCCUAAAAGCCCAACCACCAACCCCACAACCCCUACAAUCCAUUGCCCAAGUCCCACUAGCCCAACCAGUCAAUGCGCUAGCCCCACCCCUGCUAGCCCUACAAGCCCCACAAGCCCCAACCCCACCAGUCCCACGAGUCCCACUGUGAUGCGCUCUCUCCCCACGCGCAGCUCUGCCAGCUCUACAGACGCGGAGGCUGUGCUGUGCCGCGCCCUCGCCUCCAUCCCCUCCCCCCCGGAUAGCCCCUCCGCGCUCACCCUCAUUCCGCCCCUCACUGCCUCCUCCUAUAAACCUAACAAGGCAGCAGCAGUAGCUGCUGCUGCUGCUCCUUCUGCUGAUAUUGCUCCCGCUCCAGUCCAGCCGCUGGGUCCCUCUGCCUCUGCCCCAUCCCUUGCAUUCAGAAACCCCCUGGCGGCGCUGCCCCCGCUGCCCUUCCCCUUCCGCCCAUCCCCUCGCGCCCCUGUGCCCAGCUCCGCGCCCGCCUUUGCAACCGCAGCUGCUCUCAUAGCUGUUGCUACAGGCAUGCCGGAUGGGCGUAUGGGCACGCCAGGGAGCCAUAUGGGCAUGUCAGAAGGCUGUAUGGGUAUGUUGGAAGGGCGGAAGGGCAUUGAAGGGCGGGUGGGCAUCCCCGAAGCAACGUCAGUGGAGACCAUCAGCAGCACUCUGAGCUCAGACACCGCUGCUGCCAUUCCCCGCAUGCAGCACGUGGCCGCUCUGCACCGCAUCCAACACCAGCAACUCCAGCAGCAGCAGCAGCAGCAGCAGCAUGUGGGAAAUCAGAACACCCAAAAGUCACCAGCAGAGUCUUCCCUCAGUGCAGCUAGUGCCUCUGCUGGGGAUACCUAUGGCGCUGCUGGUGCUGCUGCUGGUGCUGGUGCGGGCAGCAGCGGCGCCAACGCCUCUGUCUCCAGCUAUGGCCGCAGCAGCAGCAGCAGCAGCAGUAGCGGCACCCGCCCCACGUCGCCCCUCCGGUUUGGCGGGAGGCUGGCUGCGAAGCUGGCGGGUUCCUUCUCCUCCCUGGUUCCUAAAUCUCCCAAGUCUCCCAAAUCGCCCAAGUCCUCCAGGUCUCCCAAAUCUCCCAAGUUGCGGAGUCCCCGGAAGUUUGGAAGGAGAUUCGGUGCAGUGACAGGAACUGAGGGGGCGGGCGGAUCUGCAACAGCAGCAGCGGGGACAGCAACAGCAGGAGGAGCAGCAGCAGGAGGAGCAGGAGCAGGGCAAGGGAGAGGGUCGUCCUUGGUGGCAGCAGUGGCGCUAGGGGGUCACAAGAGCACCCCGUCCUUGACCCUAUCCACAGACGAAGGCCCCACUGCUGGCUCUGGGAAUUUCAGCAGCGAGGGGACUAUGAGCUGGGGCUCCCUCCUCUCAUCCUCCUCCCUCAUUGGCCGCUCCUUCUCCCUGCUCUCCCCGAGAAAAGGCACCAAAAUGCGCCGGGGAACCUGCCUUGUACCCUCGACGUCGACACGGGAAGAUGGGCAGGUGGAGGCGGCGGUUACUGGGGAUAGUGACUUGAGUGGGAUGUUGGGGGAUAGUGAAGUGAGUGGGGUGUGUGGUGGGGAUAGUGAGGUGAGCGGGGUGUGUGGUGGGGGGAUGUCGCUAGAAGCCAGUUUGAGCCAUGCAGGGCCGGAUGUGCUGUUGGGUGUGAGGGAUGCUGCUGAGGCAGCAGCAGGUGCAGCGGCAGGAGCAGGAAGAGCAGAAGCAGGCGUUGCAGAAGGAGCAGGAGUGGGAGUAGGGAUGGGUGCGGCAGGCGAGGCAGGUGGUGCUGUAAAGGGGUGUUUGAAUGACGGGGCUGAGGAUGUGUUAAUGGGCCACGUGCGUAGCAGGCUGCAGGCAGUGCAAGCAGGGCAGGCAGGGCAAGCAGGAAAGGCAGGGCAAGCAGGAGAGGCAGGAAAGGCAGAGCAAGCAGGGCAGGGGGCACAAGCUGGGAUGGCAGUACAGGCAGUGCAGGCGUGUAGGAGUGGGGAGGAGGCGAGCAACGAGGAAGAGAGUGGGAGGAAGUGGGCCCGGCAAGGCACUGCCGAUCGCAGGCUAGCGCUGCAGGGACAGGGGAAUUGUGGCGCAGGUGGCGCAGGUGGGGGAGGCGCAACAGGUGUGGCGGGCUGGGCAGGUAUAUCUGGUGGAGGUUUGUCCCAGGCAGGUGCGAGCUGGACACAGCCCAACCCAGACAGAAAGCUCUCUAGCUCCCUCCACAGCCCCACACACUCUCCUACCAGUAAUCCCAGAGGUGGUAACCGCGCUGCAGCAAUGAAUCGUAACAGUUCGAGCAAAUCACUGAAAGAGGAGGGUGUGUAUCAGCGGGUGCUGGUUGGGUUGGAGAUCCCAGAAGGGGAAGAAAAGAGGGGAGGUGAGGGGGUGCCGGAGAGACCAGUGCUGGGUGUGGGGGGAAUGCAUGGGAGGGUAUCUUCCGACAGUCCCUGCUACACUGACGUCGCCUUUAGGGAGUUUGUUUCAAAGCAGGAGGAAGCAUGA